UACAUUGAUACAGAAAGAAGAGUAAGUUGAGUGUAGAAAAAAUGUAUUUAAAGCCCGAUGGUGUUCAGAGAACCAUUAAGCAUGUCAGAACAAGACAGAAAAGAAGCUCAGUGGUUCAUAAAAUUCUGUUGAAUUUACCUUAAUGAAUAAUUUCAACAAUGACAGCAAAGGUCAGCUCAAAAAUGUUAGUUUUCUUCAAAUCCCUGAACACGUGAAAAAGAAGAAACGAAAACAUUGGUCAAGAAGGAAACUUUGGGGUCUUUAUCAUGAAGAUUGGAUGCGGAGAAAUACAUGUAGAGUGGGUUUCAAAUCGGGCGACAAUAACCAAGUAUCUCUCGAUUCGUCCACUGGCGCUUGGAACGUCAGCUCGGUUUUAACAGGGUGUUUAUUAUUCGUAACCAUCUCUUCUCUCAUCUUGUUUGUGGUGUUUCGGAAGAGGAUAGAGUAUCGGGUGUACAGAGUUAAACAAAAUCUGAGGCGGCGCAGACGACAUCCGGGUAAUCGCCAGACAGGGCGGCCAUUCCUUCCAGAGGACAAGAAGUAUGACGUGUAUCUAUCUUAUUCUGAGGAGGAUUACCCAUGGGUAAGAAAGCAUCUUCUGUCCCUCUUUGACGACUGGGAAACAGAGAACAACGUUACUGCUUUUGAUACAUACAAAAUAUAUUGUAGUGAUCGAGAUUCCCAUCAUGGCAAGUCGGAACUGGAGAAUAUGUGCGAAAAUAUUGAGCUGAGUCGAGUUGCUGUUGUUGUAUUGUCCAGCAGUUACACACAGAAACAUCUACACACAGUGGAACUAGAGCACCUUCUGUACAGCAAAGAUAUAUCUGUUAUUCAGGAUAUUGUCAUCAUUAUGAUUGAAGAGCUCAAAUUCAAACAAAUUCCAACAGCCCUUCAUCACCAGAUAAAACAAGACAAAGUUUACCGAUGGGAAGCGGGCAAAACGAAACAGAAGAAGUUCUAUGGAGACUUAUUACGAGCUCUUAAGUGAUGCAUUUUCUGUGGUUUCGUGUGUUGAUAACUUUUUAGAUUAGCUUGAUUUGCACACUUUAGUCAAGUAAACAAUUAAAUGAUUGUUUCUGGUUGUGUAUGUCAGAAUGGAAGCUGGGAGAAAAUAUACAUAACCCGCUAAUGGGACACGUUAUAUAGAUUUAUGCGACGAUCGACUACCGUACGCUGUUUUUAUAUACUUUAGAGAACUAGACUAAGGCUGCAUUUAGAGCACGUGGUCCAAGGUAUAUUUUAAAAAAAAGAAAAUAUUCUUAUAAAAAUCACAUUAUUUUGUGAAAUUGAUAAAAAAAAAAACAAGCAGGAACAUUCUUAAUUCCAGUUUAUUCACCUGUAAUUGCAAGGGCUUAUAGAGGGGUACCACUCUGGGUUGUGAUUGAAAACAAACUGACUGAUUGUAAUAUUGAGGUUUCAGUGCGGAAUACUGAUAUGAAAAAUGUUAGUGACGGGGUUUUACUUUACCUUCAUACAUCAGAAAAAUAAGUACUAUAUGUAUAUGUAAAGAAAUCUUUGGGAGAGUGGAGAAAAAAUAAUACUAAGUAAGCUUUAAUAUUGAUGCCUGAACAGCAAUCCCCGAGUUCAGAAAGUAUUCUUUGGAGUUAUAUUUAUAACAGGAAAUAGAGAUAUGUAUCCAUUCACGCUGCCUAUGUGUGUUAACCUUUUCUUGUAAAAUAACAAGAUAUCUACUAAACAAUACUAUAUCCUGUUAUUAUAGUACCUGUAUUUGCAUUUAGACGUGAUAGUGAAUUUUAAUGUUAUUAUUUA